AUGGACUAUUGCCUGCCCAACAAGCUUCUUUCAAUCAUUGCUGUGUGCGGCCUCACGGCCAGUGUUUCCGCGCGAAGCGCUCGUUCUGUCGGCAAGAAGGUCGAAAUUCCUCGUCCUCGCCUUACGAUCCCAGUGCAGAACCUAAAGCCUCACAAGCGCGAUACUGCUCGCCUCAUUACCACUGAAGCCUCAAAGGCAUUCACCGUCAAUGGCUCUGCAGGUGCCAUUCCACAGGUCGACUUUGACAUUGGCGAGUCCUACGCUGGCCUUCUCCCCAUCAGUAGCGCUUCCAACGAGACCUCUAAGCUCUAUUUUUGGUUCUUUCCCUCGCACAACCCGAAUGCCACGGACGAAAUCACCAUCUGGCUGAACGCUCUUCUAUGCGGCCCUGGUUGCUCCUCGCUCGAGGGUUUCCUCCAGGAAAACGGACCCAUCUCCUGGCAGUACGGCGCCGGUCCCGGUCCCGUUUACAACCCGUGGAACUGGGCAAAUCUCACCAACAUGGUCUGGGUCGAACAGCCAGUCGGCACCGGCUUCAGCCAGGGCAAGCCUACUGCUACAAACCAGGAGGAGGUAGCCGCCGAGUUCCUUGGUUUCUUCAAAAACUUUGUCGACACUUUCGGUCUGCAGAACCGCAAAGUACACAUUGCCGGCGAGUCGUACGCCGGGCGCUAUGUCCCCCACAUCGCCGACGCCAUGUUGAACAAGAACGACUCGACAUACUACGACGUCAAGGGCGUCAUGAUCUACGACCCCACUAUCGCCGAGGAAGUUAUUCUCGAAGAGAUUCCCGCCGUUCCCUAUGUAGACAAGUGGGCCGGCCUCUUCAACCUCAACCAGACCUUCAUGGACGAUAUUCACAAGCGCUCUAAAGCCUGUGGCUACACCGAUUACAUGGAGAAGUACCUUACUUACCCUCCGGCCAGCAAGCUGCCUGCACCAGCCAAGAACGCCAACGACGCCGGCUGCUCGAUCUGGUCAGACAUCUUCAACGCCGUCACGCUGACCAACCCCUGCUUUGACGUGUACGCAAUUGCAACCACAUGUCCGUUGCUGUGGGACCCGCUCGGUUUCCCCGGCUCCUUCGACUACAUGCCGCCCAAGACGGAAAUCUACUUCAACCGCAGCGACGUGCAAAAAGCCAUCAACGCGCCGAUCCAGCCGUGGGCCGAGUGCGCCAGCGGCGUGCUCAACACAGACACAUCGCCCCCGUCAUCCUGGGACGUGAUCCCGCGCAUCAUCGACCGUCUCGACCGCACCAUCAUUGCCCACGGCGAACUCGACUUCAUCUACCUCUUCAACGGCACCCUCAUGGCCAUCCAGAACAUGACGUGGGGCGGCCUCCAAGGCUUCCAGAACCCGCCCACCGACGACUUCUACGUCCCCUACCACACCGAUCUCAGCCUCACCUCGCUCAGCGCAAAGGGCCUCAUGGGCAAAACUAUUACAGAGCGCAAACUCACCUUCGUCCAGCAGGCCCUCAGCGGUCACAUGGUCCCCCAGUACCAGCCUAGCAGCGCCUACCGCCAGCUCGAGUUCCUGCUCGGCAGAAUCGACAGCCUCACCAGCAGAGUCCCGUUUACCACGCUGCCGGUGGUGCCGCAGAGUAAUCAGGCGAGCGUGGGGCAGUCGAAGCGGGAUCUCGCGGUUAUGGGGUCCGAGUUUAAGAAGUGGUUUUAG